UAACUUGCAUUCACUACUUAUUAGUACUUAUAUAUUAUAUACCACAUAUUAAUUUCCUGUGCUCUGUUCUCACUUGUCACUUGUGACUUGUCACUGCAUUGCCCUCAAUUCCAUGGAAUUGGACAUUGGAGUAACUCACUCAGAUCUCUCUCUUGCUGAAGCUGAUUCAUGGUUUUCAUCAGAUACAUCAAGUGGGUACCUUGAAGAUGCUAUUGCAGGCUGGGGAAUUUGGUUCAACCACAACAAUUUACCAUCCUACUCCCAAAACCAAAAGAUGAUGGACCAUUAUUUGGUUGAUGAGGAAGAUCUAUUUCCAACAUUUUGUUCAUCCACAACACAAAUCCUUCAUGGUAAUUUCCACAAAGAGAGUAAAGAAUUCAGCAAUAGGAACCUGCCAUCAUCAUCACCAGCAUCUUUACAAAAUGAACCUGCUCAGAGGAGCCUUUCACCUAGAGAAUCAGAUGCAAAUAAUGCUUCAGCUUCAAAUUCAAAGGGUCAUUGGAAGAAAAUAGCAUACCCAUUUGAGGUAGUAAAGGCAGGAGGAGUAGAAGGGGAAACAACACUGAAAGACAUAAACAACCAAAUGCUAAUGAGUCCAUCAAAGCCAAUUCCACAUCCUGUUGCUAACUUAUCAAGCACUCAUCCAUAUGCAUGCAUUUCAGCUCGUAGUGGUUAUGGCAUUUCAGGAAAAGUUGUUACAGCACUUACUAGGAUUCACACCCAGGGUAGAGGCUCCAUUACCAUUAUCAGAACCAAGGGUUGAAAAUUCCAAUUAGGAUUUUGUAUAUUACUUAACAGUUAUUAUGAUAUACCUUCAUAGUAAAAUGUUGUUUGGUAGAGGUGUACGUAUUGUGUUGCAUUAUAAGGUUAAAUUUGAAAUUUUGAA